AUGAGCCGCAAUCGAUUUCGUGAAAUUAAAUCAAAAAUAAAAUUGUCAAAAACUGAGGAUGCUAAUGAUAAAGAUAAUGCAUGGAAAGUUCGUAAAAUAUUAAAUUUAUUCCGGCAAAAUAUUCAACAAUGUGGUUUUUUCUCAACAGCACUUUCAGUUGAUGAAAUGAUGGUUCGAUUUUUUGGUCGUACGAGCUUAAAACAGUAUCUGCCUUGCAAGCCUGAUCGAUAUGGGAUAAAGCUCUGGGGCUUAUGUGCAGCCAAUGGAUAUCUAUUCAAUUUAGACGUUUAUUGUGGCAAAAAAGAUUCAAGCAUUGGAAUAAAUUUAUUGGCAUGUGCACUUGGCUCCAGAGUUGUUUUACAAAUGAUCAAUCCACUUUUCAAUGGCCUUUCACGAAAAAAUUUAUCUGAUUAUCAUCUGUAUUUUGAUAAUUUCUUUACCAGCCCAGAUUUACUCAUCCACCUGCAUAAAUGUGGUUUGCGAUCAACAGGAACUGUCCGUAAAGACAGAGUGAAAGAAAAGCAUGAAUUUGCAAAAAAUGAUCCGCGAGGAUCGUACAAAGUAACAUGUGGUAUCACUCCCAUAACCUCAGUGAAAAGAUUUUCACGAGCUGCUCAAGAAAGAGCAGAACUAGGAUUUCCUCGAGCUUUUUCUUUGUAUAAUAAUUACAUCGGAGGGGUAGAUUUGCACGAUUUCAUAUGCAAAAAAAAUGCCAGUUUUUCUACCUGUUCCGAAAUCUCAAUAACAAUGCCCUGGUUCAUUCGUUCCGGAUAA